GCAAGCGGGUCGGAGGAAUACUGAAAUACUCGACACUGUGAUUUUAAAUAACGAUAACGAAGGUCACCUUGGGACCUCUGAUCGUGAACAGGUGACUCCUGACAACGUUGUGAAAACCAGUGAGAUUUUUAUUUUAUCAGUGGGACGAUAUUAAAUUUGGCUUUCCAAAGGAUCGGCUUAUUUUUCGUACUUGGAUCACAUUUAUAAAGAAAUCAUGGAGGACGAACAAACAGCACAAAAGUUUAUAAAACCCGGCAGUCAUAAGGGUAAAGGCCUGGCAGUCUUUACCAGCGGAGGAGAUUCACAGGGAAUGAAUGCUGCUGUCCGCGCCGUAGUUCGUAUGGGAAUUUAUUUAGGAUGCAAGGUCUUCUUUAUCAAAGAAGGCUACCAAGGAAUGGUGGAUGGUGGAGAACAUAUAGUGGAAGCCACAUGGUCUUCCGUCUCUUGCAUAAUUCACAGAGGUGGAACCGUUAUAGGAUCAGCUCGUUGCAUGGACUUUAAAGAACGAGCAGGGCGCAAAAAGGCAGCGAAAAAUUUAGUGACUCGGGGAAUCACGAAUUUGGUCGUCAUCGGAGGUGACGGUUCUCUCACUGGUGCCAAUCUCUUCAAGGAGGAAUGGUCCGAUCUUUUGAAGGAAUUAGUCAAGGACGGUGAGCUAACACCCGAACAAGGUGAAAAAUGUUCACAUCUUCACAUCGUCGGAUUGGUGGGUUCUAUCGAUAAUGAUUUCUGCGGUACUGACAUGACUAUCGGUACGGAUUCGGCUCUUCACAGAAUUAUUGAGAGCAUUGAUGCCAUCGUCAGUACAGCAUAUUCUCAUCAACGAACAUUCAUUAUGGAAGUCAUGGGUCGUCACUGCGGUUACCUCGCUCUGGUGGCAGCUAUUUGUUGCGAAGCUGACUUCGUCUUCAUUCCAGAGUGGCCGCCUGAGAGGGAUUGGCCGAACAAGCUCUGCAAAAAAUUAUUGCAGGAGCGUUUAACCGGCCAACGUCUUAAUAUCAUCAUCGUCGCUGAAGGAGCCGUCGAUCAAAAUGGAGAUCCCAUUACAGCAGAAAAUGUAAAGAAAGUGGUCGUUGAUAAAUUGCAGCAAGAUACCAGAAUUACAGUUCUUGGUCAUGUCCAACGAGGAGGAAAUCCUUCCGCUUUUGACAGAGUUUUAGGAUGUCGAAUGGGUGCGGAAGCAGUCAUGGCGCUGAUGGAAGCAACACCCGAAACUGAAGCUUGUGUCGUUACUCUCGACGGAAAUCAAGCUGUUCGUUUACCUCUUAUGGAAUGUGUUCGUCGCACGCAAGCCGUUGCUAAAGCCAUGGCAGAUAAAAACUGGGAUCUGGCUGUUCAUCUUCGUGGAAAAGAGAAAUUUCUGAUUUUUUCACACAUGCGCAAGGGAUUCGUGCGAAAUUUGGAAACCUACAAAAUGUUGACGAGAUUGAAGGCACCAGAUCAUUAUACGAUGGCUGUCAUGCACGUUGGAUCGCCCUCUUGUGGAAUGAAUGCGGCAGUGCGAUCUUUCGUCCGUAAUUGUAUCUAUCGUGGAGACAAAGUUUAUGGCGUUUGUGACGGUGUUAUGGGCCUUCAACAAGGGAAAUUAAAGUUAAUGGACUGGUCAUCAGUUACCAGUUGGGUUGCGCAAGGUGGUGCGUUUUUGGGAACUAAACGUGCCCCGCCAACAAACGAGCAACUUCCACAAAUCGCCCAAAGGCUCAAAGAGUUUGGAAUUCAGGCUCUGCUCAUCAUCGGAGGAUUCGAGGGAUACCAAACGGGACUCACUUUCUAUAAAGCCAGAGACAAGUUUGAUGAAUUCAAAAUUCCGAUAGCCAUGAUCCCCGCAACUAUUAGUAACAACGUGCCAGGAACGGAAUUCUCUCUGGGAUGUGAUACCGCUCUCAACGAAAUUACAGAGAUCUGCGACCGAAUCCGUCAAUCUGCUCAAGGAACGAAGCGACGUGUUUUCAUAAUUGAAACAAUGGGUGGUUAUUGCGGUUACUUGGCCACCGUCGCUGGUUUGGCGGGUGGUGCUGAUGCAGCCUACAUCUUCGAGGAAAAGUUCAAUAUCAAGGAUUUGAAUCAAGAUGUCAUUGCGAUGGCUGCAAAGAUGUCUGAAGGUGUCCAAAGAGGUCUCAUUCUCCGAAACGAGAGCGCUAAUUUAAAUUAUAACACGGACUUCAUGCAGAGACUUUUCUGUGAGGAGGGAAAGGGACUCUUCAGCUGCAGGAGUAACAUUAUAGGACACAUGCAACAAGGAGGCUCGCCUACGCCUUUCGAUAGAAAUCUUGGUACAAAAAUGGGUGCCAAGGCUGUUGAGUGGUUUUCUGAACAACUCAAAAAGUAUUCCACUCCUGAUGGAAAAACUUUGACAGCCGAUGCUGACACCGCUGUUAUGUUGGGAAUCGUUAGGAGACAAUAUAGAUUCACGCCGUUUAAGGAUCUUAUCAACGUCACUGAUUUCGAACAUCGAAUUCCAACAUAUCAGUGGUGGAUGAAACUGCGUCCACUCUUGAAGGUGUUGGCAAAGCAUGAAUCCACAUAUGAAGAGGAAGGUCUCUACAUAACAAUAGAAGAAAUGGAACUCGAAAACGAUCCACCUCUAGUCUAGGUAUUUUAAAUAUUGGAAAUUUACGCAAGGUAACGUUUUUCUAGCCGCAUCUCGAUAAGUGUCUGUACAAUGCACGUUACACUAGGCCAUUGAUUAGUACAGUAUUCAACCAAUGAAAUGAAAAACUAGGAUAAAAUAACGAAAACUAGCAAAUUAAUUUUAUCCUAGCACCAUGCGCUUUACUCGUUGCAAAGACUUAAAAGUCCCAUAUUUCGCAUUAAUUUGUAACACGAAUAUUUUAUGAUGAGCUGGUCACAUCGUUUUAGUGUAAUUUAAAAUAAAUAUAAACACUUCUCCACAAAUAUGCCC